CCCUCUUUUCCCUCUUUUCCCUUCCUGUCCCCGUCCCGGUUCCCCUCACGUUCCUCCCGUUCCCCUCUCGGGAGCAGCUGCUGCACCGGGAAUCACCGGGAAUAAUCACCGGGAAUAAUCACCGGGAAUUAUCGAUCACCGGGAAUUAUCGAUCACCGGGAAUCGCCGGGAAUUGGCUCCAGGAGGAUGAAGCUGCUGGAGAAUUCCAGCUUCGAAGCCAUCAACUCCCAGCUGACCGUGGAGACGGGCGAUGCCCACAUCAUCGGCAGGAUCGAGAGCUAUUCCUGCAAGCUGGCCGGGAUUGACAAGCAGCUCUUCAAGCAGUUCUGCCUCGAGGGGCGGCCGCAGGCGCUGGAGGCUCUGUCCCCACCCCAGACCUCCGGCCUCAGCCCCGGCAGACUGGGCCGCGCUCCCCUCAGCCACACGUGCAGCCGCAAGACGCUUUUCUACCUGAUCGCCACCCUGAACGAGGCGUUCCGGCCCGACUACGACUUCAGCGCCGCCAAGAGCCACGAGUUCAGCCGCGAGCCCAGCCUCAACUGGGUGGUGAACGCGGUGAUUCCCGGUUGUUUCCGGUUGUUGUUUCCGGUGCAGGUGGUGAACGCGGUGAUUCCCGGUUGUUUCCGGUUGUUGUUUCCCGGUGCAGGUGGUGAACGCGGUGAUUCCCGGUUGUUUCCCCCAUUCCAUCAUUCCCGGUUGUUCCCUGUGUCCCUCACUCCAUCAUUCCCGGUUGUUGUUUCCGGUUGUUGUUUCCAGUGCAGGCGGUUGUUUCCCGUGUCCCUCAUUCCCGGUUGUUGUUUCUGGUUGUUGUUUUCGGUGGUGAACGCGGUCACCGUGGGGUCACUCUGUUCCUGUGGCCGCUCCCAUGGAGUCACUGGAGGCUCCGUCCAACCCGGCCUUGGACACUCCCGGGAGCGAGAGCCCUGCAGCCUCUGGGCAGCCCCGUUCCCGUUCCUGUUCCUGUUCCUGUUCUGUUCCCGUUCCUGUUCCCAUUCCCGUCCCUGA